GCUCGCUCUGCUGCCGCCUCUGCUCCGGCCAAUGUGACUUGCGGCGGAAGGGUGCAGGAUGGUGGCGAGGUGCGGGAACGCUGACGUCGGCGGAGGAUUCCGGCUGUGGCCGAUCUUCUCAGCUGCUUCGCUGCGGAGGAAGAUUCUUGAGGUUCUGACUUGCGGCGGCGGUGGAGGGGGUUCUUGCCGCAGCAGGAGUCAGUUCAGGUCGCCGCAGCCGAGGCCAAGGCCGAGGUCUGACCGGCUGGCGGAGCUGCUCAGGGCGGAGCCGUCGGAGUGCGGUGAUGAAGAGGCUCAGGCUGACGCGGCCGUCAAGAAGGCGGAGGCGCUGGAGGAGCUGAAGGUUGUUGUCAGCGCGCUUCAGGCUGGCGAUGGGGACAAUGCCGACGGCGGUGACAUGGGCCGCGUCGAGGCGGCUACGGUUGUGAGGAGGAAGGCGAGGGACGACGCCGGCGCGAGGGAGAUGCUCGCGAUGCUCGGCGCCAUCCCGCCGCUCGUCGCGAUGCUCGACGAGAGCGGCGGCGGCGGCGAGGAGAUGGUGGCCGCCGCCCUGUACGCGUUGCUCAACUUGGGCAUCGGCAACGACACGAACAAGGCGGCGAUCGUGCAGGCCGGCGCCGUGCACAAGAUGCUCCGCAUCGCGGAGGGCGCGUCCGGCGAUUUGACGGAGGCGCUCGUCGCGAACUUCCUCUGCCUGAGCGCGCUCGACGCGAACAAGCCCAUCAUCGGCGCGUCCGGCGCCGCCCCGUUCCUCGUCGGCGCGUUCGAGGCCGCGCCGACGGAGCAGGCGCGGCACGACGCCCUGCGCGCGCUCCUGAACCUCUCCAUCGCGGCGGGCAACGCGCCGCACCUGCUGGCCGCGGGGCUGGCGCCGUCGCUCGUCGCCGCAGUGGGCGACACGCCGGCGGAGGCGGACCGCGCGCUCGCCGCGCUCUGCAACCUCGUGGCGGCGUGCCCCGAGGCCCGCCGCGCGGUGGGCCGCGCCCCCGACGCGGUCCCCGUCCUCGUCGACGUGCUCAACUGGUCCGACGAGCCGGGGUGCCAGGAGAAGGCCGCGUACGUCCUCAUGGUCCUUGCCCACCGGAGCUACGCCGACCGCGCGGCCAUGGCGGAGGCCGGCGCCACCUCCGCGCUCCUGGAGCUCACGCUCGUCGGCACCGCGCUGGCGCAGAAGCGCGCGUCGCGGAUCCUCGAGAUCCUCCGGGCCGACAAGGGCAAGCAGGUCGCCGACGCCUCCGGCAUCGUCGCGACAAUGUCAGCCCCGCUGGAGCGCGGCGGCGGCACCCACCAAGAAGACCCCGACGCCGGCAUGAGCAACGAGAAGCGCGCCGUGCGGCAGCUGGUCCAGCAGAGCCUCCAGAGCAACAUGCGGCGGAUCGUGCGCCGCGCCCGCCUCCCGCAGGACCUCGCGCCGCCGUCGUCGGAGAAACUCAAGGCCCUCACCGCCUCCUCCACCUCCAAGAGCCUACCUUUCUGAACCCCCAUCCAUUCCAUCACACCAAACUCAGGAGAUGGGGAGGAGGAGGAGACUUUUGGAAACUUUGCUAGCUGCAUCCAUUGCAUUGGAGACCGGGAAUCACUUUGGUGCCAGUGGAAGCUGUGAUGAGAAGAGAUGGGCUAAAAAUUUUGUUUAAUCAUGCAGCUGCUCACUCCUUUUCUUGUGCCUGCUAAUGGAGCCCACGUGCUUGGAUGCAGUCGUCGUCGUCGUCGACAGAUUGCGCGCUCGAGCCUGAGAUGAUGUUCUCUUCCCCUAAUCGCUUUCGUUCUCGUUAAUUUGCGUUGGUUUUGUUCUUCAUUUUGUAUAUGGAGUAGUUCUCAUAGCAUUAGUGAUACUACUACACCUACAUUGGUCAGUACUGUCAGUUGUGGUUGUCCUUUAGGUGUGCUUGCACAUGAUUUUCAUUGGAGAGUGUAUUAGGGUAGAGAGAGAGAGAGAUUUAAUUAGAGUAGAAAAUUUAAAGGAUGUAGAAUUUUAUAUGUUUAUGCCGGUUCGUUCGAUCGUCAUUUCAACCUUUGCCGGCGUCAGAUGGUCCACAGCUCCACAUGCUUCAGCUAAGCUUCUUUUACAUGUUCUCAACUGCUAACCUAGCUUCAAUAUUGUAAACCGUACUAAAGAGUAGUAGAACACUUGUGCGUCUGGUUGAGAUUAAAGGCCUUUAAAUCGAUUUGGUUACUGUCACAUGGGGCUAGGGUAC